AUGGAUAAAUCAGCGCAUUACAAACAGCUCACGCUGGAACAAGUGUUUGGUGGCUCCAAGCAGAGGGGUUCUACAGCUGAUAGUGGAGAGGGGGGAUCGCGGCAGCCCAAAAAAGCUGCUAAAAAGUGCGCUCCUGCUGCUACUGCGCAUGCUAGCGCGCAGCCUGCACCUGGAAGGAGAGGCCGUGUUUUGGCAAGGCGAGAUGAGGAUGAGAGCAGUUCGGAAGAAUUCACUGAGCCAGACCCGGAUUCUUCGUCAGAGUGGCUCCCAUCUGGGUCUGCAAGCAGCAGAGAGUCCUCCCCUGACGCUUUUACUCGCGCGUCAAGCAGAACCACCGCCAGAGAAGAUUGUGGAUCAAGGAAAGCAGCCACACCCAGGAACCCUGCUGUUGAUAGAACAGCCUCUACAUCGAGCAGUGUCACUGCCAGUGUCACAUCUGCCAGUUCAGUUGGUGUGAAGAAGAGAAAAGUUACAAAGAGUAAAGAUGGCAGCUGGUCUAGGGAUGACUGGAGACCAAAGGACCAGGACCUCGGUGUAACCCUGGUCCCACACAGGGGCCUGGUCCCGGGCAGAGACAUGAGCGUUCGGGGCCUGUACCUCCCGCUGCUGUCCCUCCCGCUGCUGGCCUUGGGUCUGGGUUUGCUGGUUCCUCCUCCUCACGAUGUGACUGUCAGAGCCGUGAACACCAACUACUGCCUGGUCUGGAACUGGACGGGGCCAGAAGGACAUGAGGUCUCCUUCACUACACAGUACAUCGGGAAAUUCAAGUUAAAUAGGCCUAAUGACCCAAAGUGGUGGCCGGCGUGUGAUGGGAGCCCCCUCAUGACCUGCGACCUCAACCCUCUGAAGCUGCAUUAUUUGGGCAUCUACUGUCUGCGCGUCCGAGCGGCUGUGGGCGGAGUCUUUUCCCCGUGGCGCCACGUGGAAUUCACCCCGGGAGAAGACGCUGCAGUGGGACCUCCCUCCAGAGUGACGGUGUCCGCUGCAGGAGCAGGUUUGGAGGUGUCCGUCCUGGAGCCUCAGACCAACAACAACACGUCCAUGAAGGAGCACAUCCCAUUUCUGUCCUUUCGCUACACCUUCUGGGAGCAGCAGCCUCAGUCUGUGCUAGCCUCCACCCACACGGGACAGCAGCCUCAGAUGUUCCAUGUGGACAGUGAUAAGACUGUGGUGGUUCUAGAAAACCUGAAGUCCUGGACCGUGUUCUGUGUGAAGGUCAAGUCCAGAACCACUAACCCCAACAGGACCAGCCGCUACAGCCCCCCCCACUGCCUCAGCACCAAUGGUUCUCUUCACUGGUGGCAGGUGGCUCUGAUCUUCUUGUCGUCCCUGUGUGUUGCACUCUUACUCGGGUUGGGCCUCGUCUUGGGAGGUUUCCAGGCCAACAGAGUCUUCAAACAGAGCUGCCUCUACAAGGCCACGCCCCCUGACUUCCUGAAGGAGUUCCAGGUUUCUCCCGAGCCCCUGUGUCCCGACUUUGACUCCGAGCUCAAGUGUGACCUGCUCACACUCACCUCCCCCCAGGAGACCUGCAGAAACAGUGUAAGUGACGACUCAGGCGUGGACUCGGGCGUGGACUCGGGCCGUGUUCUGCUCACGACUCAGGAGCUCUGA